AUGUCUCCGGCUGACAUGGUCGGCAAUCUCAUGGACCUUGCUCAAAAGCUGAUUGAUUCCACGUUAGAAAAAGUACUUCCUCCACCUAAAGAUAGUGUUACUGUAUUUCAACAUUUUGAUAAAAGUCACUCGGAACCAUGUUUAGUUCCACAAUGUGCUCCUGAUCAAAAUUUAUCUGCUGUACGACAAAAACUUGAAGUUGUUUUCUUAGAGAGUGAUGCCAAUGGUGAUGGUUUUAUGACAUUACAAGAAUUUGAAUUUUUUUUAUCAAAAUUGAAUAUAAAAAUGAGCCAUCAAGACCUAAUUGCAUUUUUGAAAGCUGAUAAGGAAGGUAAAUGUGAAGUGGGUGGUAUUACACAAUUUAUUAAUAAACGUUGGGAAAAAUUUGAUAAUUUAAAACGUGAUGGUAAAACGGGUAAAUUAGUCAUGGUCGGUGGUGUAGAAGCCAAAAAUGUUUUACCAGGAGAGUAUAGCCUCGUUGAUCUUAUCACAUGGUCGGAUAUUGAACCACAAAUUAAACCAAAAUAUGCUAAAGCCUCAAAUGUUCGUUGGACAUCCAGCGCCUACCCUAAAUCUACAUCAGGUAGUCUUUUAUUUCCAAAGGAUUUUGACCCACAUUUACCAAUUGAAAUUGGGACAAAUGACAAAUUAGCCUACUAUGGAUGUUGUCUGGCUAAUGAGAGUCAAAUGAAAGUAUCACUGUUACAUCGUUGUGGCCUUCAAGAUUUUACCUAUAAUGAUAAUUAUUAUUCCGACUAUGUUAAGGGAAGAGAAGGCCUGGAAAUGCAUGAAUUUGCCCAUCUAGAUUGUCCGUUUCAAGAAGAUAGCGGCUUUUUUAUAUUGGGAAAGUUUUCUGAUAAUAGGAACAAGGAACUACAUUUAACAGCAUUUAAAAUUCCGACAAGACAUACUCUUUAUGUGCCACCGUUAACAAUACAUUCAAAUGAUUAUUUGAAAGGUACGUGGCGUACAAUGUUAUCGGAUGCCACUCAGAUUAAUCAUGUUCUUCUCGAACUAGCAAGAUAUGAUGGAGAAACAGACAAAUUUUCAUUCGAUUUUACGAACUAA